AUGUCAGAAACUGAGCCGGAAAAGAUAAAAGUAAGAACAGCUGAGCAUUUUGAAAAUGAUAAAAAUAACAUUUCUUGGUUAAAGGAAGGAUUACCAGGCUCAAUUCGAAAUACUCUUGAAGAUCCUGAUACACAACUCACAAACGAAAAGCAUGCGGAUGAGAAACCCUUUAAUGCUAUCGUUAUAAAUUCAGUAUCCGAAUUCAAUAUCACAGAUGGACCAGCCAAAGAAACCCCCAAUGAGAAAAAACUGUCAGACUCCAGCACAUCACUGUCCUCCCUUGAAGAAUGCCAAACAAGAUUUUCCUACCUCCAAACUGAUACUGCAGUUCAUCAGAGAGACACCGAGGAUGAGUGUGCCUCGCUCAUCCUCACCUGUCUGUUCUGCCAGUUUUGGGACUGUCUCCUGAUGCUCCCCGACACGUGUGAAACUGUGUGUACCAACCUGUGCUGCCCGUCUCACAGGUAUCACCACACCUCGGAUGAAAACCAACCUCAGAAUGAUUGCAACUGCAGCUGUGACUUGGACUGCAGCCUUUUUGAAUCCUGCCACGAGACUGGCCAGUGUCUGGAGCUGGCCAUGGAGAUUUCUGAAAUCUGUUACCGCUAG